UGACAAAUCAAUAUCGAACGGUACACAAUACAGGAUAACAUAACGGUAUAGUUUAAGUGGCUGCGUAAAAGAAUAGUUGUUCAGAGUUUGAUUUAAUAAAAGAAGCCAUUUGAUCCAGUGGUGGUUGCCACAGCAAACACACAUCAAUUAAAAGCAGGCAGUAAAUCGAAGCCUGAAUAAAAUAAAACAAAAUGCGUGGACUCGUCGAGGAUACAAAAAGGACAAAAUUGUCACAAAACAACAACAACAAUGUGGCCACCAGUGCGACCAGUGGGAGUCGUCUCAAGGCAUCCUCGACUGCAGCCAGCAGCACAUCCGCCAAGCCGUUGAGGAGUGUCGUUAAAACGCCAACUACACCGUCAUCGGUGGGAUUGGGAGGCGGAGCCAAGAAAACGCCACCGAGUAUGCAGCAAAAACAACAAGAAGUUGGCAAGUCCGCCAAGUCGUCAUCAGGGGCAGCAGCUGCCACAACGAGGGCGGCAACAGUCACACAGGCAAGUGCAAAAACACAAAAGGGUCAGAAUCCACCCCAACAAUCGCCCCAGCCACAGCAGCAACAGCCGCAGGCACAGGCUCAGGCUCAGGCGCAGCCAACAAAACUUCAGGCGAGCAACAACAGCAGCAGCGGCAGCACCACAAUCGCCCUGCCAAAGGCCUCGCAUGCCAACCACACCAACGAGGAGCUGGCCAACGGCGUGCAGGACACCAUUUACCUGUGCAACUUUCGGGUAUCCGUGGACGGCGAAUGGCUGUGCCUCAAGGAGCUGCAGGACAUCGAUGUGGGUGACGGCCAGCAGUCGAGAGGAGGCGUCGGCGUCAACGAGCCAAACACUGGAAACUCUAGCUCCAGCUAUGCUGCUGCUGGGACACAUGCCAGUGGCAGUGGCUCUCAGUUUGGGAAGCGGAACAGCAAACGCUUCUCCGGAUUGUCAGCGGCUGGAAGUGCCGCUGGGGCUCUCGAGGAUAACGCACGCGACACCGCUGAGAUCGAGCGGAGUAAUUUGGUGAACAUCUGCAAGCUGGUGGUCAAGGAGCUGCUGGAGCAGUCGCUGCGCUAUGGCCGGAUGCUGGACUCGGACCAUCUGCCGCUGCAGCACUUCUUCAUCGUGAUCGAGCACGUGCUGGGGCAUGGACUGCGGCCCAAGAAGGGGCUGCUCGGACCACGGAAGGAGCUGUGGGACCUGCUGCAGAGCGUCGAGCACUACUGCCCCGAGGCGCAGGACAUCACGGCCAGUGUGCGGGACCUGCCCACCGUUCGGACGCACAUCGGACGGGCACGGGCCUGGCUAAGGAUCGCUCUCAUGCAGAAGAAGCUGUCGGACUACCUUCAGGCGCUGAUCGAGCACCGCGAUGACUCGCUCUACGACUACUACGAGCCGCAUGCCCUGAUGAUGAGCGACGAGAUCGUUGUGAUAAUGGGGAUUCUGGUGGGACUGAAUGUGAUCGACUGCAAUCUGUGCGUGAAGGAGGAGGACCUGGACUCGCAGCAGGGCGUCAUCGAUUUCUCUCUCUAUCUGCGCUCCAGUUCGCGCAGUCCCGACGCCCCCGAUGACAGUGCCCCAGCGCCUGCGGUGCUGGAUGCCACCGGGCAGGGCAACAUGAUAGCCGUGCUCGACCAGAAGAACUACAUCGAGGAGCUGAAUCGCCAUUUAAAUGCCACCGUUGGCAAUCUGCAGGCCAAGGUCGAAUCGCUGACCACAACCAAUGCCCUGAUGAAGGAGGAUCUGGCCAUCGCACGCAACAGUCUGUUGGCUCUGCAGGCCGAGAACCAGGCCAUGCGACAGUCCAGCCAAACGCAGCAGCAGCAGCAGCAACAGAAGGACUCGGACAACAGCUCUGGCAGUGGCUCCGAUAAGGAAAAGAGCGAAGCUGUAAGCACGGAUCUGUCGGAGGAGCGGCGCAAGAACGGGGAGCUGGAGAAGGAGCUGAAGCUGCAGGUGUCGCUCAAGGCGGAGUCGGACAUGGCCAUGAAGCUGCUGGAGAAGGACAUACACGAGAAGCAGGACACGAUAGUCUCGCUGCGACGCCAGCUGGACGACAUCAAGCAGAUCAAUCUGGAGAUGUAUCGCAAGCUACAGGACUGCAAGGCCUCGCUAACGCAUAAAACGGAGCUGAUGGACAAGCUGGAGGUCCAAAAGGAGGACAUGGCCAGCACGAUUGAGCAGCUGGAGAAGAAGUGGACCCAUGACAAGAGCAACUUGGGCGAGAAACUGAAGAGCACGUCACAAACGCUGACCACCCAGGUGACGGCCAGCGAGGAGCGGGCUGCCCGGGCCGAGGCCGAGUCGCGCAUCGAGCGCGAGUGGCGCAUUUCGCUGCAGGAAAAGGAGGUCAAACUAAAGGAGAAGAUAGCCACGCUUCAGGGCUGCCUCAAGGAGCUGGCCGAGGAGAAGGACAGGAAUGAGAAGCUAAAGCUGGACCUGGAGAAGGCGCGCGCCCAGUGGGCCGAGGCGCAGACCACAUUGGAGGAGCUGGGCAUCCAGUUGAGUGAGAGCAAGCUGAAGGUGUCGGAGAUGCAGGACAACGAGAAGCGGCAGCGCCAGCUUAUGUCCGGAUCCUCGCAGUCGCUGCAGACGAUGCCGGAGAGCCUCAGUAGUCCCGGCAUCUGGGCGCCCGACUCGAUUGCCUCCCACUGCACAGCCUGCGAGCGGGAGUUCAAUCUGACGCGGCGCAAGCACCACUGCCGCAGCUGUGGCGAGAUCUUCUGCAAGGCCUGCUCCGAGCACACGCUGCCGCUGCUCAAUGCCCAGGGGCAGACGGGCAAGCCGGUGCGUGUGUGCAAUGCCUGCUAUGCAGCAAAAUGAUGCAUAUACAUAUAUAUCUAUAGAUAUCUGAGAAUUAUUGCAAUUUGUAAUUUGUAUUUGUAUGUAGUUGAACACAAUUAGCCUGUGCUAAGCAUUCCUAGCUGCCAUGGCAACUCACUGACGUUAUACAUUGAAUUUUGUAAUCCAAUUAUAUAAAACAAUGUCGUGACAUUUGUGUGAAUCGUUGAAUAAAAUAUAUAUAUAAUAUAA